CUUUCUCUGUUCUGUAGAUGCCCUAUAGUUACUCUCAACCAUCCACGUCCGAAGCUAGUUGGAAUAGUGGAGAGGCGAAUGCCGAUGCAAAUUGGGGGGUUCCAGAAAAAUGUUUUUGUGGUAAGCCUGUAAAACUUGAAGUGUGCAAAACUGGUUACAGGCAAGGCGACAGAGUCUACAAAUGCCCAAUGCUUAAAGCUGAAGAGUACGAGUCCCGAAACCACCUUAUUCAGUGGUGGGAUCAGGCGGUAACUGAGGAGCUUGAGAAGGUAAAUCACAAACUUGAUUCCGCACUAAGACAUGGACAACUAGCAUGCAAUCAUGCUUUGGAGUCCAUCCGGGAAACUAUUCAUCUCAUGCAAGGCGAAAUUGAAACCCUUAAAGAAAGGUUACUCGCCAAAGAAGUCGAGAUUGAUAGGCUUAGGGCAUUACUUUCUACAUGGUGAACGAGCUGAGGAGCUUUGAGGACGAUAUGAGGAGCUUGAGGACGAGCUAAGGAGCUUGAAGAGCUGACGAGCUACUCUGUCUCUGGGUGUCCCGGCCAACUGGGUCAACUUAGCUACUCUUGUAUUUUAAGUUGUGUAUUGACCGACCAACUGGGACAACUUAGCUACUCUUGUAUUUUAAGUUGUGUAUUGACCGGCCAACCGGGACAACUUAGCUAAACGUUUUGAUUUUAAUAAAAUCCUAAAACACAUAAA